AUGUUAAAAAGGCUGAAUCCAAAGCAAUCCACAAUGUCUUCGUUAGAAAAAACUGUCAUUGUCACGGGUUCCUCCGGAGGCCUGGGCAAAGUCAUUGCCGAAAUGUACCUGUCCAAGGGCUGCAACACUGUCCUCUGCGAUCUAAACAAAGAACGACUCUCCGCUACCUCGGCAGAACUUGAGAGCUCUUAUCCCGACAAGGUUCUUGCAGUCGAAUGCAACGUCAGUGAUGAAGAGUCAGUCAAGAAUCUCGUUGCAUCCACGGUCGAAAAGUUCGGCAAGCUCGACAUUGUCGUCAACAAUGCCGGCAUCAUGGACCACUUCGACCCCGCAGGUACGUGCGACAAGAGCACCUGGGACAAGGUGCUGGCUGUGAACCUUACCGGGCCGUUUCUGGUCACGAAGCAUGCGGUCCAGGUGAUGGAGAAGCAGGGGAGUGGAUUAAUUGUCAACAUUGGAUCAAACGCGUCUUUCCGAGGCUUUUCAGCGGGCGUGGCCUACACCGCCAGCAAGCAUGGCGUCAUUGCUGUCACCAAGAACACGGCGGCGUUCUACGGCCCUCGCGGGAUAUCGAGCGUGGCCAUUCUUCUUGGAGCCAUGGAAACGACCAACAUCAAUGAGGCGUUUGCUACCGGCAUUAACCGGGAAGGCAUGGAGCUUUCUCAGAAAAUCCAGCCUGGUUUCGUCCCAGGGACAACGGGACUGUCGACAGAGCAUAUUGCUCGGUAUAUUUUGUUCCUUAGUGAAGAUGAGGCCGCCGCUAGCUCUAACGGCAGUUGCAUAGUUUUGAACAAGAACUGGCCAGCUGCUUGA